GCGCUUGGUGCUCGCUGAGCGCCCAGGCCGACGAGGCGAAGUUGCCAUUCGAUCGGGCGCAGAUCAAUCGCUACAGCCUCGACCAUCUUUCCCGUUCGAUUUCGAUCCGCCAGGGAGACGACUUCUGGCUAGGCUACGACCUGCAGCGAGGCACGCUCUACAAAGCAUGGCAGGCCCCGGAAGGAAAAGCGGCGCUAAAGGCUUCCGGCUUUGUGAUGAAAUCGGUUGGCAAGACGCUGUACGAAGACAAGUCGGACGCAACGUGGAAGCUGCAAACCGGCGACCGAACCGCAGCGCUGACCGUGCGUUACCUGGGGUGCUCGCAGCGUGACGAGCACUUCGAGCUGCGCUGGGAACUGAAGCACGACUCCACGAUCAUAACCCUGCGUGAACGUGUGCCGAUGGAUGCCGCACAACCAAUCGUGCGCCAGCUGCAAGUCGAGUCACUGCCUGACGGUGCCCAGCUUCUUCCUCCGAAACCGGUGCUCGCGGGAUGGACCUUGACGUCGACCAAGGGGCAGGUGUCCUCCCACUUAUCGUACGCUCCGAUGAAUCGACUCGCAAUAAUCUGCUGCCUGACCGUCGCCCUGGCGACAGGUGGUGUGUGCCUGGCCGACGAUGCGAGCCGCUCGUUGGACUUGCCAGCCAAGGCCAUUUUUUCCAAAGGGCCCAACCAGUGGAACCAGGAUGUACUGGAGAUCACGCGCGGCCGCGGGGCGAUUAUUGGUUGGUACCUUCAGGCAGAGAGCGAGGAAGAAGUCACCGUCUCGAUCGAGUACGCCGCCACGCACUCGCUGAACCAGGCGUAUCAGCUUUCGUUCGACGGACAUGAUGUCUUUUGGGAUGUC